AUGGAGAAGAUAUCAAUGCAGAAACACUACGAGGCACUGGCUCAAGAUCCAGAGAACCUGAAGAUCGCAAAGCCAAAAUCAUGCCAGAAACGACGCUGGGCUCUGCUGCUCUUCAGCGUAAUUGCUGGUGGGUGGUUUCUUCGGCCGCACUGCCACCAUGUCCAUCGUAUCGCUAGCAUCGAGGAAAGAGUGCAGAACAUCUUGACUCAGACCCCAUUGAUUGAUGGCCAUGAUGACUUCCCUAUCUUUAUCAGAUCAGUCUUCCAUAAUCACAUUCAUAGCUCCAAUUUCACGGACGCCUUUCUCAAUGGCACACUCCCUGCUCACGUCGAUUUACCUCGUCUGAAGCGUGGUCAUGUCGGUGGCACUUUCUGGAGUGUCUUUGUGCCUUGUCCCACGAAUUGGACGGACUUUUCCGAUGAAACAUAUGCGCCUAGUAUACGGGAGACGAUGGAACAGGUCGAUUUGAUGUCUCGUAUACAGCAGACUUUCCCUGGUGUCUUUUCGACUCCGCCGAAUGGCACCACCGCCCUGAGCGCUUUUCAGGAGGGAAAGAUCAUCUCUCCUCUUGGCAUAGAAGGCUUGCACUCGAUCGGCAACUCUCUAGCCCAUCUUCGCAUUUUCUACGAACUGGGUGUCUCCUAUGCAACACUGACACACAACUGCCACAAUCGCUAUGCCGAUGCCGCAGUCGUCGAAUUGCCAGGUGGCGGAGUGAAAAAGUCUGACCCGCUGUGGCACGGAGUGAGUCCUGAAGGCCAGAAGGUAGUCUUUGAAAUGAACCGUCUCGGCAUGAUUGUUGACCUGGCCCAUGUGAGCGUGGAUACUAUGCGUGAUGUACUAGGUGCUGGCAAGACCGAGUGGGCUGGAAGUCGGGCUCCGAUUAUCUUCAGUCAUAGCUCAGCUUAUGCGCUGUGCCCGCAUCCGCGUAAUGUUCCUGAUGAUGUUCUCGAGCUGGUACGGGAGAAGAAGUCAAUAGUGAUGGUCAAUUUCUCGCCUGAUUUCAUCUCCUGUGUGGCUUCGGACCGUGCUGAUGGCAUACCUGAUAAUGAUCCUGAGAAUGCUACUCUCGAGCGUGUUGCGGAUCAUAUUAUGCAUAUCGGGACAGUCGCUGGGUUUGACCAUGUAGGUCUUGGUAGUGACUUUGAUGGUAUUCCGACAGUACCUCGGGGUUUGGAAGAUGUGUCGAAAUUUCCAGAUCUUAUUGCAGAGCUUCUACGCCGGGGACUGAGUGAUGAGGAUGCUGCCAAGGUGGCCGGUGGCAAUCUGUUACGUGUGUGGAGGGAUGUUGACCAAGUAGCCUUGAAGAUGCAGGCGGAAGGCGCAAGUCCAGUAGAGGAUGACUCUCAAACAAUGUAG